GGGCUCACGCGGCUGCUCCGCGCCCAGUUCGGCCUGGGUAGGCGACGCCCGUGGCCGGGCCGGCCCGGCCAUGCCGCUGGAGGUGCAGGACGCGCUGUACGUGGCGCUGGAGCUGGCAAUCGCCGCGCUGUCGGUGGCGGGCAACGUGCUGGUGUGCGCCGCGGUGGGCAAGUCGAGCGCGCUGCAGACGCCCACCAACUACUUCCUAGUGUCCCUGGCGGCGGCGGACGUGGCCGUGGGGCUGUUCGCCAUCCCCUUUGCCAUCACCAUCAGCUUGGGCUUCUGCACUGACUUCCACAGCUGCCUCUUCCUCGCCUGCUUCGUGCUGGUGCUCACGCAGAGUUCCAUCUUCAGCCUCUUGGCCGUGGCCGUCGACAGGUACCUGGCCGUCCGCGUCCCCCUCAGGUAUAAGAGUUUGGUCACCGGAACUCGAGCGAGAGGAGUCAUUGCUGUCCUAUGGGUCCUUGCCUUUGGCAUUGGACUGACCCCGUUCCUGGGGUGGAAUAGUAAAGACAGUGCCACCAACAACUGCACAGAGCCCUGGGAUGGAACCACCAAUGAAAGCUGCUGCCUUGUGAAGUGUCUUUUUGAGAAUGUGGUCCCCAUGAGCUACAUGGUAUACUUCAAUUUCUUUGGGUGUGUCCUGCCCCCACUGCUCAUAAUGCUGGUGAUCUACAUCAAGAUCUUCAUGGUGGCCUGCAGGCAGCUUCAGCGCACUGAGCUGAUGGACCACUCAAGGACCAUCCUACAGCGGGAAAUCCAUGCGGCCAAGUCCCUGGCCUUGAUUGUUGGGAUUUUUGCUCUGUGCUGGCUACCAGUACAUGCCAUCAACUGUGUCACUCUUUUUCAGCCAGCUCAGGGUAAGGAAAAGCCCAAGUGGGCAAUGAACACAGCCAUUCUCCUGUCACAUGCCAACUCAGUUGUCAAUCCCAUUGUCUAUGCCUACCGGAACCGAGACUUCCGCUAUACCUUUCACAAAAUCAUCUCCAGGUAUGUUCUCUGCCAGACAGAUGAUGUCCUCAAGAGUGGGAAUGGGCACGUCGGGACACAGCCUGCUCUCAGUGUGGGCCUAUGACCUAGACUCUGGCCUCUUCGAAGAGAAGGCACAAAUUCACAAUAAACAAAGGGACAGGACAUGACUGGAUGAUUCUUAUUGUGAAAGACAGCCACACCUCACAAGCAUAUGGGUUGCCUCUUUUGAGCACUUCCUGGAGUUACCACAUAUCUGGUCAAUAUGUAUAUGUUAUUAGUAGGCUCCAAGGGUUGACAAAUGUUAUUUAUGGUUCUGUCUGGCUGCUCUUACUAUGUGUAUGAUGCUGACAGCUUGAAUGGAUUGUAAAAGACAGUUUUGUUUUUUAGGAGUCGGCCUCUUUCAUGGUAGAAAAUGACUGAAACUAUUUUGCUGUGAAACACUGUGAACUAUUAUAAUACAAAUAUUUAACUUAGAGGCAAUGGAAAAAUAAAAGUUGGACAUACUAAAAAUAUAUACUUGUUCCUAGGAAGGUGACCAGGAAAAUUAAAAGUAUAAUUCUUCAUUCUAGAAACUGCCAUGUUAAUUUACAGAAAUAACUUAGGGGAAUCUCAUAAAUCCUUAAGUAGAAUAUCAUCAGAUAACAAUUUUGGUAACAUUCUUUUCCAUAUACAACAAACUACUUUAGACGAAGAAACUGAAGAAAUGGGAUCCCUCCUCUGCCAGAUUCCAUGUCCUCCUUCUAGAACUAGGUAGUGAAUUUUACUUCUCUCCCAUGUUCAAGUUUGGUCAAGUUGCUGGAACCCAAAGUGUGAAAAUUUUAUUAAGUAAAAUUAGAUAAUUGUGUAUGUAUAUAAGUGAAAUAAAAAUAAAACUUAAAAAAAAGCUUGGGAUGUUGCAUU